AUGCAAGCUUCGCCGUCCAAAGCCCGUGCCGAAGCCCUGGAAGCGCAGUCGUGGUCCAUCGUGCACUCAUGGCUAUCAGAUCUCUACCAUCCAUCACCCGCGCCAUUUGUCGAACGCAACCCCGAGACUCUGAAAGCCCUACAGACCCUAAUGACAGAGAACAUUGCCGCCGACCAUGUGCGCGCCCUGGUCCGCGCGGCGCAGAAAGAAGAAGUGACCGCCACCACCUCCAUCGUUACCUCACACGACCAAGACCUCGCUGCAUCCGACAAGGCUGAGGCUGAGGCCGAGUCGACACACCCGCAGCCUUUGGUCUACCAUCUCGAAUCAUCGCUCUCAAGACAGUCCAAAGAAGCACUCGACUCUCUCGCCGAGUCCGCCGUUCUGCUAGGAUGUCCCACGACCGAAUCAACAUCCAUUAUCCAGCGUCUACAAAGUCAAAUCCUCGACCUUCCACGACAGACAUUCGCUCUUGAAACGCAGCUGUCGGAGAUCGAUGCGCUGAUGGCCGACCUGCGGCGUCAAAUAUCUCGGAUUCAGAGGAUCCUCAGUCCAAGCACGUCUGCUGUGUCGGCCCCUUUUUCCUCACAUGGCUCUUCUCGAUCAUCUGCCCGUCUCGACUCCUCUGCAUAUUCGUCAGGUCCAUCCUCAUCUUCAUCUUCAUCUUCCUCCUCAGCUUCAGCUUCAUCUUCGUCUUCGAUCUCGGCGCCAACCUGGACAAAGGCAUCGAAUCCACCCCUGGGUCUAGGACCAACUUCUCUGCCUUCCUCGCCCUCGACCUCAACAACAACCGAUGCUCACGCAAAACUUCUCGCCGAAACCCUCCAGCACCAACGCGAGAUUAAACAACUGGCUCUGAAAUGUGAAGAAUACCAAGACCGGAUUGCAUCUCUGGAGCGACAAUUAGCGGCAUCAAGUGCAUUCCACGCCAAUGGGACCCAGCGAAGUGUCGCCGAGGCUCUCGCCAAACAGGAUGCCCUACAGACUAAAAAAGCGAAGAUCUCGGCGCUGGAGACCAAGAUCCGCGCGUUUCACGGGUUGCCGCCGGACUUGGAGGCGUCGAGGGCCGAGGUUCACCGAGCUCAGACUGAGUUGGAUGCAUUGAAGGUUAAGAGAGACGCUCUGUUUGAGAGGAUGGGCGGGUGA